UAGAUACCUAGUGGUAUGCUUUCUCCAUGGCUGUUGUGAGUCCUAUUCCUACUCUUACAACACAGAUUGGACGAGUUGAGAUUCAUGAUUUUGGUUUAUCUGGAUUGAGGAACACUUCUGGAGAGAUUGAAGAAGAAUCUCGACGUGUAGUGGAAGAUAAAAUCUUUGUGGCAGUGGGGAACGUUGUGAAGGAGAGCAAGUCAACUUUGUUAUGGGCGUUAAAGAAUUCAAGAGGGAUGAAGAUCUGCAUCCUCCAUAUUCACCAGCCAGCUCAGAUGAUCCCAUUGUUGGGUGGGAAAUUUCCAGCAAGCACACUGAACAAACAGGAAGUCAUGGCAUACCGAGAACUUGAAAGGAAAAAAAUGCAUGAUGCUCUAAAUGAAUACAUGUACAUUUGUCGUGGAGCAAGGGUAAGGGCAGAUAUGAUAUACAUUGAAAAGGACAAUAUUGAGGAAGGGAUUGUGGAGCUCAUCACUCAGCGUGGGAUGAAAAAGCUAGUAAUGGGUGCAGCAGCAGACAAGCAAUACUCAAGGAGAAUGACAGAACUCAAGUCCAAGAAAGCAAUAUUUGUGCGUGAAAAAGCACAUGUUUCCUGUCAUAUAUGGUUUGUCUGUAAGGAUUUCCUCAUCUACACAAGGGAAGGCAACUUAGAGGGAAGUGAACCAGCUAGUCCAAUCAGAGUAACUAGCCAAGUGGAGCAUUUGGGAUCUAAAUUUCCUUCUAGCCCCAGGGGACAGAAGCAUUAUGUAAAGCUCAGUAAUCCAAUUCAGGACCUGUUUCGAAGAGCUGUAUCUGUCAACAAUGGCAGUUCUAGAAGAAAAAUCUCAUCAUUAUCUUCCCCAGAAGGGACUGCAGGAAUUCCAACAGCGCCGCCAAUCCAAUUAGGUGGGGAGGAGUUUGCCAGUGAAUGUGAGGGGAGUGGGACAUCAAGGAGGAGUCCUUCUAAGUUUUCAGAGGUUUCAACAUGGUCUGCAAGUGAUGUGCCUGAGACUUUUGAGUCGAUCUCAACUGUGAGGGAUGAGGGAAGUGAAGCAGGGACAGUAUUAUUCUCACUGCAUGGAUUCGAAGAGAAUCUUCAUGAUUCAUCUCUUCCAAAUACACCGUUGCGGGAAGAACAGAUGAAAGAUGACAUAUAUUAUCAACUGGAACGAGCCAUGAUGGAGGCUGAAAAAUCUAGACGUGAAACAUUCGAAGAAUCUCUCAAGCGUAGGAGAGCUGAGAAGGAUGCUCUUGAGGCUAUACACAAGGCUAAAGCAUCAGAAAGCUUGUACGAGAAGGAAAAGAAGCUGAGGGAAGAACUGGAAGUUUUGCUUUGGAAAGAAAAGCAAGAAUUGGAAAUGUUGAAGAUACAACGAGACCAGGUCAUGGAAGAACUUCGGGUCACCCUGGACCAUAGAUCAAGACUGGAGAGUCAAAUUGCUGAUUCUGACCAAAUGUUAUCAGAGCUGGAGGAGAAGUUCCGCUCCGCUGUGCAACUCUUGGUGAAUAUGAGGAAUGAACGUGACGAGUUACUGACAGAGAGAGACAAUGCAGUAAGGGAAGCUGAGGAGCUGAGGAAAACUAGGGAAGAGGAGGCCACCAGCUCGUAUACCCCUCAGUUCUUCUCUCAGUUCUCUUUCAUAGAGAUCGAGAGAGCUACUUGCAACUUUGACCAAACCAUGAAGAUUGGAGAAGGGGGAUAUGGGAUUGUUUAUAGAGGAAAACUUCGACAAACCCCGGUAGCUAUUAAGAUGUUGCACGCUGAUAACUUGGAUGGACAUGUGGAGUUUCAACAAGAGGUGGAUGUAUUGAGUAGAGUGAGGCAUCCAAACAUCGUUACCCUCAUUGGAGCUUGCCCAGAAGCCUGGGCGCUUAUCUAUGAGUACCUCCCCAAUGGCAGCCUCGAAGAUCGGCUUGCCUGUAAGGAUGGAACUCCCCCUCUCUCAUGGCAAACUCGAAUACGCAUCGCCGUUGAGGUCUGCUCGGCCCUCAUCUUCCUCAACUCUCACAAGCCUCAUUGCAUCAUUCAUGGCGAUCUCAAGCCCGCCAACAUCCUCCUUGAUGCCAAUUUUGUCAGUAAACUCAGUGACUUUGGGAUCUCCCACUUGAUCCGCCGUCCUGAGAGUUCAAACCCGUCCACGUUAUCCUAUAAAACAAGCCCAAAGGGAACCUUUGCGUACAUGGACCCAGAGUUUCUGGCAACCGGAGAAAUGACAUCAAAGUCGGAUAUCUAUUCAUUUGGGAUCAUAGUACUGAGGCUGUUGACAGGGAAACCAGCCAUGGGAAUAGUAAAGGAAGUGCAGUAUGCACUUGAGAAGGACAAUCUGAUUGCGGUGUUAGAUGCAUCUGCCGGUAACUGGCCGUAUGUGCAGGCCAAACAGCUGGCUCACUUGGCAUUGAGUUGCUGUGAGAUGAGAAAAAACAGACCAAACCUUGAAGAAGAGGUCUGGAGGGUGCUUGAGCCGAUGGGGGCUUGCUGGGGAGCCUUGUCAUUUUCCAGGUUGGCAUCAGGGGAGCAUUGCCGCGUUCCAUCCUGUUUCAUUUGCCCCAUUUUCCAGGAAAUUAUGCAAGACCCACACGUGGCAGCAGAUGGUUUCACGUACGAAGCAGAGGCUUUGAGAGCAUGGUUGGAUAGUGGUCAUGACACUUCACCCAUGACAAACCUUAAGCUUAGUCAUUUGAGUCUCAUCCCCAAUCACACUCUUCGUUCUGCCAUACAAGAAUGGCUAGAGCAACCCUAAGGUUUUUAAUUUGUUCUUCAUUCAUUCAUUUGUUUCAUGCCUUUAGUGCCAUUCCUGCCUCUCUUUGUUUGUAUAGCACUCAAGUAAGGUUAAGUUAUGUAUAUAUCUACCAAUGUAAAAAAUAUAAAUCUAAGUGGUAUGUUACAGAUAAAGCCACAUA